AUGGCCGAAACAUUGAGCAUACGCCCCUCCAAGAGGAGAAGAGUUUCCCCUACUGGGGAGACAGCCGACGGAUCGAACGGAAACGACAGCAAAAUCCAGAAGCAGUUCUUCAAGACCGCCGCCAACUGGAAUCUCGAACAAAGUUACGAAGAACGAUCCCGGAAAGGCAAGAAGAAGGAUGCAAGAAAGGCAGCCGCCGAGGCUGGGAGGCUGCCUUCCCGGACUGCCGCAGGAACUUGGACUGUGAAGGAGGACGAUGCCGCUUCUGUGGCCAGCGACAGCGAAUGGCUCGAGGGCGAGGACAACGAAGAUGCGGAACCCGAAGAAGCAGAGGAGGCUGCCCCCGAGGAGCCCCAGAUCCCGGUGAAGGAGCAGAUUCGACGCGCACAGGAAGAACUCGCCAAGGUCGCGACACAGUUGAACGAAGACCCCGAAGAAUACCCCGGUGCAUUCAAGGCGAUGUCCAGGAUUGGCGAUUCCCAGAUUAUGGCCAUCAAGAAGAUCUGCAUGGUUACGCAGAUGACGGUGUACAAAGAUGUCAUCCCAGGCUACCGGAUAAGACCUUCUACCGAGGAGGCUGGUGAGAAGCUAUCGAAGGAGGUCAGGCGGCUGCGAACAUACGAGCAGGCGUUGGUGACGGGUUAUCAGGGGUAUAUCAAAAAGCUUGCCUAUUUCGCUGCUUCGCCAUCAACCGAAACGAGCACUCGCGGCCAGCCUAUUUCCACCAUCGCGAUCAACUGCGCCUGCACUCUAGUCAACUCGGUACCACAUUUCAACUUUCGGGGCGAUCUGCUGAGGAUAUUGGUCAAGAAGCUGAGCACUCGCAAGGUUGAUGCUGGUUUUGUCAAGUGUAGAGAGACUCUCGAGACUCUUUUCAAGGAGGACGAGGAGGGAAACGCAUCCAUGGAAGCUGUGUCUCUGCUCAGCAAGAUGAUGAGGGCCAAGGAAUAUCGCGUUGACGAGAGUGUACUCAACACAUUCCUUCACCUUCGUCUUCUGGGCGAGUUUGCAGGCAAGGCCUCGCAAGAUAGGGCCGAUCGGCCCACUGAUGGGUAUAACGGGAAGAAGCUCAAGCAGAAGAAGCAGUUCCGGACGAAGAAGGACCGCAAGCUUAUGAAGGAGCAAAAGGAAGCCGAAAAGGUCAUGGCUCACGCAGAUGCCGCGGUCAGCCAUGAAGAAAGAGAGAAGAUGCAAUCGGAGACCCUGAAAAUGGUUUUCGCGACCUAUUUCAGAGUUCUGAAAGAGCGGGUGCCACACCUUAUGGGAGCUGUUCUGGAAGGGUUGGCCCAAUAUGCUCACCUUAUCAACCAGGAUUUCUUUGGCGAUCUUCUUGAAGCUCUGAAACAGCUCAUUCGUUACAGCGAGAUGCCCGAGGAAGAAAACGAGGAUGAACAGAUGGCGGAGGACGGCGACGAGGAAGAAGUCAUCCGCGACACCAGCAGAGAAUCCCUGCUGUGCACCAUCACAGCAUUUGCGCUCCUCGAGGGCCAGGAUGCCCACAACGCUCGCACCGACCUGCACCUCGACCUUUCCUACUUUAUCACACAUCUUUACCGUGGUCUUCUCCCCCUAUCGGUGAAUCCUGAUCUGGAGCUGGGUGCCAAGUCCCUCCAUCUCUCUGACCCGAACGACGAGUCAGGAGGUAAUCGCAAGGACACCAGGAUCAACGUGCAGACGACCACAGUCCUACUCAUGCGCUGCCUGAGCGGUGUGCUUCUUCCGCCCUGGAACAUCAGGUCCGUACCGCCUCUCCGUCUGGCCGCCUUCACCAAGCAGCUCAUGACGGUGGCUUUGCAGCUGCCGGAGAAGUCGUGUCAGGCGAUGCUUGGGCUUUUGGCUGAGGUGGUGCACACACAUAACAGGAAGGUCAACGCGCUCUGGAAUACUGAAGAGAGGAAAAUGGACGGCACAUUUAAGCCUCUGGCUGAGACGGUCGAAGGUAGCAAUCCAUUUGCCACGACGAUCUGGGAAGGGGAGCUCUUGAAGAAGCACUAUUGCCCCAAGGUUAGGGAGCAGCUGAAGACUAUGGAGAAGGAGCUCAAGAGUCUUUGA